AUGAAGUUCCUAAAGACAGGCAGGGUCUGCAUAAUCAGCAGAGGGCGGUUCGCCGGCAAGAAGGUGGUUAUAAUCAUGCCGCAGGACAACGGCAGCAAGAAACACCCCUUCCCCCACGCCAUUGUCGCCGGCAUCGAGCGCUACCCAUCCCAAGUCACCCGCCGCAUGUCGAAAGCCCGCGCAACCAAGCGCAGCAAGGUGAAGCCCUUCAUCAAGGUCGUCAACUACAACCACAUCAUGCCCACACGAUACACACUCGAGCUGGAGGGUCUGAAGGGCGCGGUCACGAGCGAGACGUUUACAGAGGUGUCACAGAGGGAGGACGCGAAGAAGAAUGUGAAGAAGGCGCUGGAGGAGAGGUACUCGAGCGGGAAGAACAGGUGGUUCUUCACGCCUCUUAGAUUUUGA